AUGUCGCGCUACGCCCAGCGCCGCUAUACGAGACCUGAACAGUACUACUACGACGAUGCGAGGGGGCCGGGGAGUCGGUAUCGAGGUGAUGAGGACGGAGGGGACGAGGACGACGACACGGCAAACCUGUCUGCCCUGAAGCACCAGCAGCCGAAGCGAGGCGUCGUCUUUGGCGAGAACGAGGUCGAGGAGUUCAACGGCAGCGAGGCGCCCGAUGCCAUUGUUCCUGCCCGCUCGUCGUCCCGCAUGGGCAUGUCCCCUGCUCCGCCAGAUGGGCGACGCUACCUGUCGCCUGUCGCCUCAGCUCCUGCUCAGCAAGGCAUUGGUCGGCCUCGCUCGACGUCGAUAGACGGUCGACGUUCGGCGCAACCUUUCCUCCCGCCUCCUCCGCCGCCUCAGCGCGUCGUCGUCAGCGAUGCGCGGUACAGCAUGAUGCCGCCGCCGGUACCGACGACGUCGUCCGUUCGGAGCACGAUGCGACCGCCCUCUCGCGACGACAGGAGCUACGGGCGUCCGCCUACGUCUUUCGCUCGCUCGUCAAACGCGUACACGUCCGACGAAGACGAUGUCAGACCGCGCGGGAGCGAUCGCGAAGACGACGACGACGCCUUCACGGCCGUUGCAACAGGCGUAGCAACCGACCUCGACAUGGAACCUCCGACGAGACGCGAAGAUCCUCGCGAACGUCUCAUGACGGUCCAGCACCAGCAGCAGCCCACAAGCUAUUCGACGUAUCUCGCGGUCCCUCGUCCGCCCUCUCGAGGUGUCCAAGUUCGGCGCAGCAUCUCUGGCUCGCCCAUCGGUAGCGGUCCGCCUGACCAUCCCCUCGACGGUCCUUCGCCCAACUCGCACGCUCGCUUCGCUUCCGUCCACACGCCUUGGCCUGCACCGACGUCCGCCUCAGGCUACGACUCGAGCGAUUUCGACUAUCCCGACGAUAUCGAGCCUCCCGCGGGCUUGCUGCUCCGGCAGCGGCAGCUUGCUGGCAUGCGGUCGACACCGCCUGUCGCCGAGCAGCGCGGCAUCGCUCGGCCUGUCUCGAGCGCGAGCUCGAGGAUGCAGGUCGACGACUACGACUCGCCACCUCCGCCGCCCGCCUACAGAAGCAGCCCCGCUGCGCCAGCGAUCGAACGCUACGAGCGGCCGCCGUCGCUCAAUGCGGCAAGAAGAGCGGCUCAGCGUGACCUGCCGGAAGACUCGCCGAUCGAGAAGGAGCUGAUUGCUCUGCUCAAGGAGCUCCAGUUCAGCCUCGCCCUCAAGGACUUUCACGACGCGCUGAACAUUGGCGUCCAGAAGACGCUCGUCGCCGAGGACGGCAUGGGUCACGCUUACUGCAAGGUCCACUGCAAGCGCCUUCCGCGGCAUGAGGACAUCGAGCGGGAAGUACACCUCAAGCAGCACUGGGUGCCCAUCGCAGGCAGUCGAUGGGAGUUCCGCACCGCGUCGCACAGGGUUACGGUGGUCUUCAAAACCGCAGCGCUUGCAGCGUUCGAGGCGCAGUUCCUGACGAGGCGGUAG